AUGCCAGGGAAACCCAAGCACCUGGGUGUCCCCAACGGGCGCAUGGUUCUGGCUGUCUCAGAUGGAGAGCUGAGCAGCACGGCGGGGCCCCAGGGCCAGGGCGAGGGCCGCGGCAGCUCCCUCAGCAUCCACAGUCUCCCCAGUGGCCCCAGCAGCCCCUUUCCCACCGAGGAGCAGCCUGUGGCCAGCUGGGCCCUGUCCUUCGAGCGGCUGCUGCAGGACCCGCUGGGCCUGGCUUACUUCACUGAGUUCCUGAAGAUGGAGUUCAGCGCGGAGAACGUGACUUUCUGGAAGGCCUGCGAGCGCUUUCAGCAGAUCCCGGCCAGCGACACCCAGCAGCUAGCUCAGGAGGCCCGCAGUAUCUAUCAGGAGUUCCUGUCCAGCCAGGCGCUGAGCCCCGUGAACAUCGACCGGCAGGCCUGGCUCGGCGAGGAGGUUCUGGCCGAGCCCCGGCCAGAUAUGUUUCGCGCCCAGCAGCUUCAGAUCUUCAACCUGAUGAAGUUCGACAGCUAUGCGCGCUUCGUCAAGUCCCCGCUGUACCGCGAGUGCCUCCUGGCCGAGGCCGAGGGGCGCCCCCUGCGCGAACCUGGCUCCUCGCGCCUCGGCAGCCCUGACGCCACAAGGAAGAAGCCGAAGCUGAAGCCUGGGAAGUCGCUGCCGCUGGGCGUGGAGGAGUUGGGGCAGCUGCCGCCUGCUGAGGGUCCUGGGGGCCGCCUGCUCCGCAAGUCCUUCCGCAGGGAGCUGGCCGGGGCAGCCACAAACUCCGCCUUGCGCCGAGAGUCUCAGGGCUCUCUCAACUCCUCCGCUAGUCUGGACCUCGGCUUCCUCGCCUUCGUCAGCAGCAAAUCUGAGAGCCACCGGAAGAGUCUUGGGAGCACGGAGAGUGAGAGCGAAAACCGGCCCGGGAAGUACUGCUGCGUGUACCUGCCAGAUGGCACAGCCUCCUUGGCCCUGGUCCGAUCCGGCCUCACCAUCCGCGACAUGCUGGCAGGCAUCUGUGAGAAACGAGGCCUCUCUCUACCUGACAUCAAGGUCUACCUGAUGGGCAAUGAACAGAAGGCCUUGGUCCUAGAUCAGGACUGCACCGUGCUGGCGGAUCAGGAAGUGCGGCUGGAGAACAGGAUCACCUUUGAGCUCGAGUUGGCGGCGCUGGAGCGCGUGGUGCGGAUCUCGGCCAAGCCCACCAAGCGACUGCAGGAGGCGCUGCAGCCUAUCCUGGCCAAGCAUGGCCUGACCUCUCAACAGGUGGCUCUGCACCGGGCAGGCGAGAAGCAGCCACUGGAUCUGGAGAAGCUAGUGAGCUCGGUAGCGGCCCAGAGACUGGUUUUGCACACUCUUCCAGGUGCGAAGAUCCCCGAAGCCAGCGACAAAUCCCCCUGCUGCAGCCAGGGCUGCCCUAGAACCCAGUACAAGGUCGCCCAUCCCCCUUCACCACCCCCCAAUUCGCUGGUGGAGGUGCCCAGUAGUGCCACUGGGAAGCGGCAGACCUGUGACAUUGAAGGCCUGGUGGAGCUGCUGAACCGGGUGCAGAGCAGUGGGGCCCAUGACCAGAGAGGCCUUCUGCGAAAAGAGGACCUGGUGCUUCCAGAAUUUCUGCAGCUGCCUGCCCAAGGGCCGAGCUCCCAGGAGGCCCCACCACAGACUGAAUCUACAGCCCCUCCCAGAGGGGGGCCCUCAAACACCAGUGCCCACCUGGCCCUCUGACAGCUGGCUAACAGUCUGGGCCAGCUGCAUGGUGCCUGGCGGGCCAAGCAUGCCAUGGGUCCGCUCUGCAUGCCCUGUCUGUGUCCCUGGCCUCUUUCUGCCAUGGGCAGGCCCGCAGGAAGAGCCGCGAGGAGACUUAUUCACAAGGGGACUCAGAGGGGCCACAUUCCACAGCUGUCACCACCUGGUUCAUCACAUGCUCACCCACCCAUCCCUUGCAGCUAGGCCAUGAGGUGUGGGGGAGAUAGGCCUAGCCACUUGGUGCAGGCGUGCCCAACACGGAGGGGUGGCCCUGGCAGUGCCAGCCUCUGCAGCCUGUGCCAAGCUUCAGCAAGGGGCAGGAGAAGGGGCUGGCCCCUCCUCAGGGAGCUGGUGUGAGUAAGGCCUGGGGGUGCAGGCUGGCUGCUCCUCUCUCCAUCCACAUAGACUCUACUGUACAUAUGGACUUUGCAGUUGGCUUAGGGCAGCUGGGUUUGUCCUGGAUGUUUAUAUUGUUAUAAUAAUAAUUAAUAUUAUUCUG